CUCAGCAGUGCCAUAGGGCCAAAUCCACCACAUGUGCUGCCUAGAGAGAGAGGAUGAGCUGUUGAAUGAGGGUAGCAGCUCCUCCUGCAAGGCAGCCCUGCUGCCUCUUCUUCUCCCCACCUGGCCAUCUAAAGAGAGUAACACACCAGCAGCCUCUUCCAUUGGCUCACCUGCAAUUGCUGGGCACAGCACAGAAGACCCCACCCUUACCAUUGUACCUCCCAAAAGGAGAUGGCAGGCUGUACAAUAUUGGAAUGGAAGAAGAUUCUAGAACAGCAGUGACACUCCACUCUUGCACUUAUGUGAAUGAUCAUGUUGGCUUCUGUGGAAAUAUAAAAACAUUCCCAAGUGACUUCAUAGUGACAGAAAUUAAUACAUUUGGACAGUUAGUUAAUGAGAUUGCAACAGAUUCCGUUCACAAUUCCAGUGGAAACCUUUCUGAACAAACUAGGAGCUAUCAACAGAAUUCCAGAAUUCUAAGGCUGGCUUUUCCAGAACCAUGCAUGGAUGAGGGAUAUUGCAGAGUGCAAGAUGAUAGUAUUCACUGUACCUCAGAAUGUCAUCCUUCCUCUGUUGGAGAAAUUGAAGACGGUAAAGCUAAUAAUGUGCUUGAAUGCCACCUUGACAAAACUGUCACGUUGGACUCUUUCUUAGAUAAAUCUGUAAGGCAGCAACUUAAUCAGUUUGCUUGCAAAGUAAAAGCAGCAUGGGAUUCAAAAUCUGAGACAGACGUUCUACUUACUGAAUUCUCUCUUGGGCCAAUCCUUGACAAGAAGGUUCGAGCCAGCUUGCAUGGCGCAAUCAGACAAGAAUACCCUUUCUUAGUCACUGUUACAAAAUGUGGUGAGAUUGCCAUAAAAGCAAACCAGGACUUCCAAGAACUCUGCCAGCUGGUGUCCGAAGAGGAGGCGUGUGGUUUUCUAAAAUUUUUAGAUGCCAAAUUAGAAAAUUCAAAGUUUGCUUUUAGACCUGAUGAGAAUAAGGAACACCGUAAGGUGGUUCACCAUUUUCUCAGUAAAAAAUUUGGAAAGCUUGUGGAAACAAAGUCUUUCCCUGACUCUCAGCAAAAGGUUGUAAUUAUGGUGAGGUUUCGUGAGAAAAGUGGAUCUAGGAAAAGGGCUAAUGCUGACAGCAGGGAGGAGCAGGAAUCUUAUACUGCUUUUACUCUCCAAAAAGAGAACCUGGAAACCCUUGAAGCAAUUAGUUAUUUGUCUUCUGAACUUGGUGUGCUUCCUUCAGACUUCAGUUACACAGGCAUUAAAGACAAGAAGGCUAUUACAUACCAAGCUAUGGUUGUGAAGAAGGUGACUCCUAAAAGGUUCAAAGAACUUGGUAGCGCAAUUGGGAAAAAAGGACUCUGUGUCUCUAAUGUACAUGCUGUGAGCCGCCCACUUCGGCUUGGUCAGCUGCAAGGAAAUCACUUCGAUAUCAUUGUGAGAGGUUUAAAACCUCGGAAUUGUGACUGUUCUGCCAAUCUAACCGAGAGAAUUUGUGAAGCAAUUGAGAAUGUCAAGAAAAAUGGUUUUAUAAAUUACUAUGGACCUCAGCGAUUCGGACAAGGGCAGAAUAUUCAGACGGAUGAAAUCGGCUUGGCUUUGCUGAAUGGAGAACUGGUUAAAGCUGUAAAAUUAUUUUUCACACCAGAAGAUUUGGAUGAUCCUGUAAAUAAGGCAAAGAAAUACUUUCUUCAGACUGAGGAUGCCAAAGGUACCCUUGCAAUGCUGCCUAACUUUAAAGUAAGAGAGAAGAUGUUACUGCGUGCCUUGAACCGUUACGGGAUCACUCAGGACGGCUGCGCACGAGGAUGGCUCAGCAUUCCUCACUCCAUGCGCAUUUUCUAUGUUCAUGCGUAUUGCAGUAAAAUUUGGAAUGAGGCUGCAUCCUACCGGGUUAAGCUCUAUAGCACAAGAGUCGUGGCUGGCGAUCUCAUCUUUUCUGAAAAAUGUACCGAAAGCUGUUCGCUGAGUGACAAGGUCCAUGUGGUAACAUCGGCAGAAGAAAUGGCCAAUCGAUAUGCAAUAAAUCAAGUUAUUCUUCCAAUGGCUGGUUACAGUGUCCGAUAUCCCACUAAUAAAGUGGGGGAGUGGUAUCGCAAAAGGCUUGCCAAUGAUGGGCUUCAGAUGCACCAGUUCAGACUUCCUGCAUUACAGCUGAAUGUGCCUGGCUGCUACAGACCGCUCCUGAAAUACCCUCACAAUCUGUCAUAUCGUUUCUCAAAAGGCAAUGAAAAUGAAAUCGGGACAGGAGAGAGUCCCCGAAAGGAUUCAGAAAUGUCUCUUUAUUUGACAUUUUGGCUUGAUCCUUCAUGUUACGCAACUGUUUGUUUGGGAGAAAUCAUGAAGUGUGAUCUUUAAAUAACAACAACACAAAUAACAAUAACAAUGUUCAGCACUACUUUCCAGGAACAGGAUGCGCUCAUUAAAGAUGGCACAAGCUCAGUGGGGAGAAAAGUGGUGCUGAAAAGAAUGCGUUGGAAUUUAUUUUAUUCAUAUAAUAAAAAGUCACUUUUGGGGAUGAAACCAGUGUUUUGCAUCAACUGUUUAGAAAACUGGAAGUAAUAGAAUUUAGAGAGACUGAGGAUGCAAUUCUGUACCCAACCAUGAUAUCCUUCUGGAUAGGUUGCCUGGGUUGGGAGUCGGUUCCACUCCUACUUGGAUGGCCGAUUCCAGAAGAUGAUGCUGGGGGAUUAUUGCUCUGUGCUGUGGCAACUAGGCCAUGGGGUUCCACAGGGAUCUGUUUUAUCCUCGAUGCUGUUGAACAUCUACAGAGUGAGGUUAUCCAGAAGUGUGGGCUGAGGUGUCAUGAAUAAGUGGAUAACACCCAGUUCUACCUCUCUUUUUCAUCAAACCCAGGGGAGGAAAUAGCUGUUCUGAAUCAGUGCCUGGGCACUGCAAUGGACUGCAUGAAGGCCAACAAACUGAGGCCUAAUCUACACCAAGCAGGAUAUUGCACUAUGAAAGUGGUAUAUAAAAGGCAGGAGCCACACCAAGCAGGAUAUAGUGGUGUGAAAGCAGUAUAUGGUAUGUGUCAAUGGGCACCAACAAUUGUCAGUGCACUUCAAUACUGCAAUAAAGCAGUAGUGCGGCUCCUGCCUUUUACAUACCACUUUCAUAGUGCAAUAUCCUGUUCCGUGUAGAUUAGGCCUGAGAUUCAAUCCAGACAAUGGAAAUACUGCUAGUGGGUGAUUUGUAUGACUGGCUAGGUGCUGUUCAACCUGUUCUGGAG